AUGAUCCUGGAUCAAAUUUUUACUCUGGUUGUAAUUUCUAUGCGUAGAUAUCUAUGUUGGGAAUUAUAUAAAUGCUGGUUUUCAGUCCCAUUUACCACCCUUAACUAUAGAGAAUACUCAGACAUGGAUGGUUUAAAUUCAAGGUACCUGCAAUUUACAUUAUUCAACUGGACUGGGCAAUUCAUUCUUUUUGGGCAAUUAUUACUCAUAAAUUUUAAUUAUCUUUUCCAGCUCCUACAAAUGUAUCUGGCAAUGGCACUAAUGGAAGCAGAGCUAUGGGUCUUGAUACACCUUUGUAGAUUGAAACAUGAGAUAGAUGUUAUUUGGUUAUUUAUGAGCUUGCAAUGCUACCUCCUUUACUCGACACUAAAGCCAAUGUGA